ACGAAGUUCAGAAGGAAGAAAGGAAGUAGCGAGAAAAGGCUGGGGGUGGGCCUGACUCCUCUUCUGGGCUGGUUUUAUUCCUUGAAUGCCCAUGCGAAAACAUACUGCCUGUCUCCUGAGGUAGGACCCUAGUUCACUGAGUAGCAUGGCUCCCAAUCCUGGACUCCUUGGAAGAUACCAACAGGAUGGAGAUACUACAGAAAUAGAGCAGCCCUUGAGCUCUGUGACAGCGACCAUUGGAGGUUCAGCAAUACUGCCUUGUAAAGUGAAAAAUGUACUCCCCCCUGGGCCAGUGAAGUGGUUCAAGGGGACUGGGCCUAAUAAGCAGAUCAUCUUCUGUGACAAAGACAUCUACCCCCGGGUCCAGAAGGUGAACAACACAAACCAUAUCUUCGACAUCCGCAUAAGCAACAUCACUAGCCAGGAUGAAGGCAUCUACUACUGUGUCAAGUUCAAGAAAAACCCUGAAAGUGAGCACAGCUCUGGGGGUGGCACCCGCCUCAUUUUAGAUUGGCGAGAAAGCCAAGAGUUACAAGUACGAAGGCACAUAGGUGCCACGGUUGGAUCCCUGUCCCUCAUCCUCAUUCUCUCAGUCCUCUGCUGCUACUUCAUGAGACGAAAAGGUUCACAUCCGUGUUUGACCAGGUCAAAAGACUCAAAGAAGAACCAGCCACAAAGAGAGGAAGAAACUGAAGCUGGGCAAGAAGAAAGCCCUCUAUCUUUGGGCAUUGGAAGAGAUAGUCUCAACCUAGAGAGCAGGUGGCAGCCAAAAGGGAACAAUGAGAUUGUAUAUGCUGAUCUCCAACCCAUUGGGAAAGUUCAUCCGUCUAUGAGCCCCACCCAGGUGAAGACUCCCCAUUCUGAGUAUGCCACCAUUCAUGUCCAGUAAUCAGGCAGAAGCAGCUCCAAGGAGGAUGGCAGGACCAAUUUCCAGGGAAUUCUCAGGACUCUCCAGUUCCAGUCAAAAAGAGGGAAGCUCUUUAAGGGACCUGGAAAUAAAGCCAUGGGGUUCAAUGAGUCAGAAGACACUCAUUGGAACAGGAGAACCUAUGUAUGAGGCCCAGGUCUGACAGUUACUGUAGCUAUGUAGUAUUAGGAAAAUCCCUUCUGUUCUCUGGUCCUAAUUUCUUCAUCUAUAAAAUGGGAAUAAUAACCCCUCUACUUGUUACCUUACAAAACUCAAAUGAGAUAACAGAAGUAAAACCCUUUAUGACUCUAAA